GGUGCAAUAACACAUGAAGGUUCAAGUAACAUGAAGAUUCCUGACAAAUAUAUCUUAAAGGGUUCUACAAGGACAAAGAGGAAUCAGUACACUGUUACAUGCAAUAGAUGUGGAACUUUGGGCCAUAACAAAAGGUCUUGCAACGGAAAGACUGUUGCUGAUAGGAUGAUUCCAAAGGGUGGAAACAAGAGUAACGCUACCAUGAAUCAACCUGGACCAAGUACAACAACUAGGCAUGCACCAACUGCAACAAAAAGUAAAGGACCUGUAGCAACUGGUACUAAAGGGCCUGCAACAACUGGACCAAGUGGGUUAAGGAGGAGUCCUAGGAAGAGGAAGAAUGACAAUACAACUCCUAAUGUGAUUACACCAAGUGCAGCAACUAUACCAAGUGGACAAAGAAAGAGUGCUAGGAUUACUACUAAUGUUGUUGAUCCAAUUGGGACUCAACAAUCUGUCAACAAGCCUUAGAUUGAUAUUUCAGUUACGUUUUGAUAAUGGACAUGUUAUGUUAUUUUGAUUAUGCAAGUGCCUUUUUUUUGUGUUAUGCAAGUGUC